GAUCGAACGUCCCCUCAAUCCAUCAUGCUCUUGGGCUUCGCAGCUUCGCCUCCAAUGCAUAAAUGCAGAUGAAAAACAAGAUGUGGACCGAUAAACAGGAUGCCCUCUUCGCUGUGUCUUCGGCUUACUGUGUUCCUCGCGGCCUCUGUCGCUACGUUCGCCAUACCCUAUGACGAGUAUAUCUUGGCUCCUUCCAGUCGCACGUUGCACCCAGUAUCUGUACGGAAGGUUAACGGUACCGUCAUCCACGCGGAAAGCAUCACCGGCCCCAGCCACGGUAAAGCGACGUUCAAGGGGUCAUCGGCAGUGACCUUCGACUAUGGCAAGAACAUCGCCGGGGUUGUCUCACUCAACGUUGGCGAUAUAUCCGACGAACACCAAUUCAUUGGUAUCACGUUCUCCGAGAGCUCCCUCUGGAUUUCGGGUGAAGGCAGCGAUGCCACGGCCGACGGCGGGAUCGACGAGACGCUGUGGAUCCAGCCCAAGAAACCAGGAACGUAUACUGUUCCGAGGCAGAACGAAAGGGGGGCGUUUAGGUACCUCAGUUUGGUGCACAACACCACCGGAAGCUUGGAGGUGACGCAGGUGACGACUCAUUUCACCGCUAUGCCGCACUACGCGGAGGACAAGCUGAGGGAUUACACCGGUUACUUUCACUCCAACGACGAACUUUUGAAUCGGAUUUGGUAUGCUGGGGCCUACACAAACCAACUGUGCACGAUCGAUCCGAAGCAUGGCGAUGCCCUCAUAUACCUCGGGAUCAUUAACGGCACGGAGCCAGGAGACUCAGUCGGCGCUCUCCCAUGGUGGUUGAACUAUACGAUCACCAAUGGCACGUCGGCGCUCGUGGAUGGCGCUAAGCGCGACAGACUCGUGUGGGCAGGCGACAUGUCCAUCGCCGUUCCUGGCAUCGUCACUUCCACCAAUGACCUGAUAUCCGUCCAAAAUUCCUUGAACUCCCUCUUCGCCAUACAAAACAAGACCAGUGGACAGCUACCAUACGCAGGCCAGCCGUUUUUCACUGAGCUCUCGCAUACGUACCACUUGUACACGUUGAUCGGUGUUGCCGACUACUACCUCUACUCGGAUGACAUCGAUUACCUUCAGAGCAUGUGGGACGGCAUCAAGCUCGCCAUGAACUUCGCUCUGGGUUUCAUCGACGACAGCGGCUUGAUGAACGUGACUUCGCCUCAUGACUGGCUUCGGUUUGGCAUGGGCGGGCACAAUAUCGAGGCCAACGCAAUCCUCUACCACACCCUGAAUCAAGUUUCAGUCCUGGCCGAUGCUCUUAACGAAACCGACCUCCUCGCCUCGUGGGCCCAGACUGCAGCCACCAUCAAAUCGUCCGCCAACGAGCUCCUCUGGGAUGCCUCCGCCGGCAUGUAUCGCGACAACGAGACAACGACCCUACACCCUCAAGACGGGAACGCAUGGGCGGUCGUCUCGAAUUUGACCCUGAACGAUACCCAAACCGCCUCCAUCAGCUCGAACCUCGUGCAGAGAUGGACGCCAUAUGGCGCUCCCGCUCUCGAGGCUGCUGACGCUAUCUCGCCCUUCAUCUCCGGCUUCGAGCUGCAAGCCCAUAUCCUAUCCGGGAAUGCUAGUGCCGCGCUCGACCUCAUGCGUCUCGAGUGGGGCUUCAUGCUCGACGAUCCGCGCAUGACGAACAGCACUUUCAUCGAGGGGUACUCGAGCACCGGCGAGUUGCAUUAUGCUCCUUAUACGAACGAUCCACGCAUCAGCUUCGCGCAUGGGUGGUCUACCGGGCCAACGUCGACGUUGACCUUCAUGGUGGCCGGUAUCCAGUUGACGAGCGCCGGAGGACGGACGUGGUUGAUCAAGCCUACCCUUGGCGACCUGACGAGGGCGGAGGCGGGGUUCAAGACCAGCCUAGGCAGUUUCAGCGUCAACAACGCGAAGGAUGCCAAGACCGGCUCCUUCCAGGUUGCGUUCGAGACGCCGAAGGGUACGAAUGGGGCGUUGAGCGUUGAGUACCCGGAUUGCGAUGGGACGUUGGUGUUGUCUCGGGCGGGCAAGAAACACGCGGUGCUGCAUGUGAAGCAGGAUGACGCUCCGCAAGGACGGAUCGAGGUCGAUGGUUUGGAGGGAGGCCAUUGGACGGCCCGAUUCACUUGCUCUCGAUAGUUUUCGUGUUCAUUCUGGGCCAGCGUCGUCGAAUAUUGGGUAGAGUACAAGUGCAUGCGAAAGA